AUGUCGUAUGUGGAUGGGCAAUUGCUGUUGGGGCAUUUUGUUAAGGCACUCACUAGUCCAAGAAUUACCCCACCCAGUCACGGUUAUGUACCAUUGAAAGAUGCACCAGGAUUCCGAAACCUGCCCGUGGAUCAAACUCCAAGAAAACUGGUCAAAGGUGAUCAGUUGCACGAGACUUCACUGUCUGAUCAGCGAGGGGACGAGAAAGCCGGAAAUACUUUGGUUGCUCUGGAUGAUGGUUCCGGGAAAGGGAAACCGGUGGGAAGUGCAGCAUUCUCCGGAUCAGCUCGCAACACUGCCGUGGGUCCGGGGGCUGGGAGUAGUAGAUUUGAUUCCGUAUCACAAAGCACUGCGGACCUGGACACGGCUGGUGGCACGGGUACCGGAUCCAGACCAGCGCUGGAGAUGAGCAUGUACAUUCUGCUGGGUUUGUUCGCCCUGGUCGGCCUAGCUUUACUCCACCGUGAUACCAACUGGGUCUGGAUCGGUCGUGACAAAACCGGUGAAGGACAAAACGAUCAGAACGAAACCGCCGUACCCAGUUCAAUGGGAGACUGUCAUCGUUCGGCAAACUCACCUUUGCUGGGAAUGACCGAGGCAUCUAAAGCUGUGAGCGCCGGUGCUGGCGGAGCCGGUUCACGUGGUCCUCGAAGUGGACCCGGUGCAAGUGGACGAAAGUCGGCAAAUCCUAGCUCGAACACCACAGCUGUCCUGUCGGUCGGUGAGGCGGAUAUGUUGCUUAUGCAUUCCCCCUAUCAUCAAGAUGCUUGGCAAGAUACACUGCGAUCGUCCAACACGGACCGGGACGAUAUGACCCCGUUCGCGAUGGGCUGGCCUUAUCCUGGACCACCUGGAUCUGUCCAGGACUCUCGUGGCUUAUCGGCAGCCUCAGCGACCGUUGGACGUCCAUCCAGACGUCACACAACCGGCGUAUUGACACAACGAAACUAUCAGGAGAAAUGGCGGCACACGGACAUGGAUGAAGAAAAAGAUCACCAAGCUUGA